UGACAACGACAGCUUCUUCGGGUGUCCAACCAAACUCGCCGGUUCCGCAGCCAAGUGACGUCGCGUUGCGCUCUCUUCAUCUAUGAUCUCGCGAGAUAUUUUUAAAAUAUUUUAGUGUUGUUUACACCGAGUGUCACACAUGGAAAACACCGCAAUGAAGUGAUCGGGGCGGCGUUUAACUUCCUGCUGCACGAUGACGCUACAGUGGGACAAACUGUCCCCGCAGGAGUUCCAACAGCUGCAGGAUUUAGCCGCAUACUCCACUAAGAAGUUGCAGGACGUUCUGGUGGAGUUUUGCGGAAGUGGACCACCCUAUAAGCAUAAUCCUGAUGGGGACAUCGACUACGACGGCUUCCGCAAGUUCCUGGACACAUUUCUGGAGGUGACCACCCCCGAGGAGCUAUGCCGCCACCUUUUCCUCUCCUUCGUCCGUAAAGGGGUAAAAGUCGAAGGUAAAGCGUUUAAAGAAAUGGCCGUACUUAGUUCCACCACUGCUUGCGCUCCUAUCACUUCUCAUAACAAAGGUUCCACACCCAACGUCAAUUCCAUCGGCGAACCCAUCGAGACCAAAAGCCAACUCUCUUCGGAAAAACCAACAACUUACGGCGAAAUGCUCGUUGAAAAAAUCCACGGUUUCGGCGAAAAACUCUUAGGCCACCACCGAUCAGACAGCGAUUGUUCGACUCGAGGCAAAACAGGCACUGUGCACCCAAUGCUGACCGUCACACACACUUCCUACUCGUGCCACGAAGUCUUGGGGAAAAAAAGCACCGAUUCCUCACCCUCCCAUAGCCAGAUUUCCAGAAAUUCGUCGAAAAAAUCCAACAACUCUCUGCUGGUUAAUAACGGGAAGCUGGAAGAAGUGCGCCACAUCGUGCGUAAGGCCAGCACUUUGGACGUCAACACCGUCAAAGUCUCGCUCAAAGACAUCGUGUGCUAUCUGUCCCUCCUUGAGGCCGGGAGGCCCGAAGACAAGCUGGAAUUUAUGUUCCGGUUGUAUGACACGGACGGAAACGGCGUUUUGGACACCAACGAGAUGGACUGCAUCGUAAACCAGAUGAUGACCGUGGCGGAAUAUCUCGGUUGGGACGUUUCCGAACUCAAACCUAUCCUGCAGGACAUGAUGGUGGAGAUCGACUACGACGCCGACGGGACUGUCUCGCUGGAGGAGUGGAAAAGGGGCGGUUUGACCACCAUCCCCCUAUUGGUGCUCCUGGGGCUGGAUACGAAUGUGAAAGAGGACGGGAACCAUUUAUGGAGGUUGAAGCAUUUCAGCAGACCGGCGUAUUGCAACCUCUGCUUGAAUAUGUUGGUCGGGUUGGGCAAGAAAGGGUUGUGCUGCACGUUUUGCAAAUACACGGUUCACGAGCGAUGUGUUCAUCGAGCGCCAGCAAGUUGCAUCGCCACAUACGUCAAAAGCAAAAAAUCCUCUCAAACGCUACAACACCACUGGGUGGAAGGAAACUGUCAAGGAAAAUGCUCCCGAUGCCGGAAGCCCGUUAAAGCCGGCAUUACGGGCCUGCACUGUCGAUGGUGUCAGAUAACGCUCCAUAACAAGUGCGUGGCCCAGGUGAAAGCCGAGUGCGGUUUGGGCGAGCACGCCGUCCACAUCCUGCCUCCCACCGCCAUCUGCCCCAUCGUCCUGGACCGCCAGCGCUCUCUCCAGAAACGCGGCUCGAAAUACGGCCACGACAAUGUUGGUUAUCCCGACUUUGAUCCCUAUUCCCGCUCAAAAACAGACGUUUUUCAGGGCAAUUUCGCCAACACCACCAAUAAACAACCGGCGAUGUCCUUCCAAAUCACCACUUCGCCCAAUUCCGUCCCGUUAUUGGUCUUUAUCAACCCCAAGUCAGGGGGACGGCAAGGGGCGAGGAUACUCAGGAAGUUUCAAUACAUUUUGAACCCGAGACAGGUCCACAGCUUGGCCAGCGGCGGGCCCAUGCAGGGCUUGAGCAUGUUCAAGGACGUGCCCAACUUCAAGGUCGUCUGCUGCGGGGGCGACGGGACCGUCGGAUGGGUGCUGGAGACCAUGGACAAAGUGGAGUUGGAAUGUCAGCCGGCCGUCGCCGUGAUUCCUUUAGGGACCGGCAACGAUUUGGCGAGAUGUUUGCGAUGGGGCGGGGGCUACGAGGGCGAAUCGAUCCACAAAAUUUUACACAAAAUUGCAAGAGCGACCACCGUUUUGCUAGACAGGUGGUUGAUCGAAUUAUCAGACACCGCUCAACCGGACCCUGAUCAAAAGAUCGCCGACACUAGGAUCCCCUACAACAUCAUCAACAACUACUUCUCCAUCGGAGUGGACGCCGCAAUUUGCGUCAAAUUUCAUCUGGAGCGCGAGAAAAACCCGGAGAAGUUCAACAGUCGGAUGAAGAAUAAGUUGUGGUAUUUUGAAUACGCGACGUCGGAGCAGUUUGCGGCUUCGUGUAAAAACCUGCACGAGGAUAUCGAGAUUACGUGUGACGACGUGUCCUUGGACCUGGCGAACGGCUCCCCCCUGCAGGGCAUCGCCCUCCUCAACAUCCCCUACACGCACGGCGGCUCGAACCUCUGGGGGGAGCAUUUGUCCGGCUCGCGGCGGAAAAGUAAAAAGAAGAAGAAACAAAAAGAAAUGAGCACUUCUAGUUUCAAUUCGGUCGAUUUGAGUGUAGCCGUCCAAGAUAUCGGGGACGGAUUGAUUGAGGUUAUAGGGCUGGAAAAUUGCCUGCAUAUGGGGCAAGUGAGGACCGGUUUAAGGGCCAGUGGACGCCGACUGGCGCAGUGUUCUUCCGUCGUUAUCAAAACGAAGAAAACUUUCCCGAUGCAAAUCGACGGCGAGCCCUGGAUGCAGCCCCCGACCACUAUACGUAUCACUCACAAGAACCAGGUGCCCAUGCUGAUGGCGCCCCCGCCCGAGAAGGGCAAAGGCUUCUUCCGUUUCUUCAAGAGGUAGAGCGGUGAUAUUCCAAUUCCUCGUUUCUCUGUAGUCAGUUUUCUCGUUUCGGAAUGACAAUAAUUAAUUUUGUUCAAUGUCAGUAUUAUUUAUGAAUGGGAUUACUGAAAAAACUCUUCCAAAAAGCGCUGUUUAUUCUAUGUUUCAAUGUUCCAAGUUGGUGUUACGUGUUUCGAGCAUUAUCCAGCAUAAUGCCAGCUGCUAUAUACAAUAAAUUUUUACAAAGAAAUUAAUACUCGAUUAGCUGAGGUGAAAAUAUCUAGAAACAUGAUAGGGACCAUAUGCUUUAACAGAAUCCCGCCAAACAAGUACCUAUGCAUUAAGAGCGAUUCCUGCACUGUCCUUAUUUAGAGACACUUCGGCUAAGUUUGCGUUUCAAAGGCUAGUGCUGCCAACUGUUGGUGCAACGGAGAAAACACUGUUUCAUUUUCGUUCGACUUUAGCUACGACUCAAGUGACUUAAAGUUUCUCUAAAUAAAGGAUUCUAAAUAUUUGAAUAUAAAUCCUUAACUAGACUAGACUUAUACAAGAAACAUAUUUACAGUAAGAAUUAUAAGUAAAUACGCUUGAAGCGUUUGUGUAUAAACAAUGUUUACAAUUGUUGUAUUUAAUAUUUAUUAAACAUUAUUUUGUAAUUUAUUUAUAUUCGAUCAUCGCUGUUAGAAUAUUGUAAAAAUUAACAUUGUCGUAGGUAGUCUUGAUUUUUUCCUAGAAUAUUUACAAGCCACGUGGCUCAACACGUGGCCACAUUUUAUAUCAAAAAUAGAACUGCCACUGUAAAAAAUGUGGGAACGUUUCAAGUUGCUGUUAAGCUUUAACUGUAAUAUAAACAACCCUGUAUAUUGUAGAAACUGACAUUUCUCCAUGCCUUGUACAAUUAUAAUGGCUUUAAACGUCCAAUUAUCCAGGUUUUUUCGGUUAGGCUGUCACAGGGUGCUGAAAAUUUGUAGAUAAGCCGUGGUCUGUCCCGCUCCCAAAGUGGCAAAAACAAGUUGGCGACACUGUUGCCAACUCUGUUUGGGAAUCACACGCCCACUUUGAUUUCAGUGUGUAUUUAAGUCGAGUAAUUAUUUAACUAAUCAAUUCCACCAAAGGGAGUGGACAGAACAGGUCGAGCCCCACUUUAGUAUUAUUUUUUCACGUGUACAAAAAACGCUAGCGUAUAGAUUUGAAAAUUCCUCGUGCUUACGUCCAUUUUGUAUGACUCUUUCUUUAAGCGCCCCAAAUUACUCAUUUACUCAUUUUACAACGAUCACACGAACAUAAUCAAAAUUUCUGUGAUAGAAAUGAGUAAUUUGGCCAAAAAUUUCCAAAGACUAACUGCAUUUUCGAUUUAUUUUUUUACAAGUUUAUUUAACUCGUAGCAUGUAAGUCAAGUUACCUGUUUCCUUGUUUUCGUAUGUUAAACAUUUAAAUAAAUCUUGUGUCCACGA